AAAUCCCUUAAAACCUUUUUAGGGUUCCAGAGAGAUUUUUAUUUUUAUUUAUUUAUCCUACUUUUCUUUCUUUAAUAUUUAUAGACCCUCAUCUUCACCAACGCCCAAUUGAUAUGAUCGCAUCAUUAACUUGCGAUAAGCACUUGAAAACAACUAGGAAACAAAAAAAACCCCCCGGUCUUGACUGCGUCCCCCAAAAAGAUUUUCCUCCCUCCGAACCCCCAAAAUCCCUAAAACCCACCACUCAUAUUUUAUUUACCCCCCCAUUUUCCCAGCUUUGAAUCUUCGAUAAUGCUCCUCUAGUGCAAUCCAUGUCAGGGUUUUAAUAGUUGGAUUUUCAUGAAUGCUUGGCCCUGGGAGUUUCCUCUUCAGUUUGAGCCUUGAGCUGUUGACCUCUCUGGGAUUUUACUGACUGGGGGAAAAAAAGAUUGCUUAUUCGAUCUUAAGCUUGUGGAAAUGGUGUCAUCUUCAUCGUCAGGUUCAUCUAAGAGGGCUCGGGCUCUUAGCAGUGGCGGUCCAGUUGCUUCAUGCUUGGUUGAUGGGUGUGUAUCUGAUCUUAGCAAGUGCAGAGAGUACCACAGGAGGCACAAAGUCUGUGAGGUUCAUUCUAAGACUGCAAUUGUAGUUGUAGGGGGAAGGGAGCAGCGAUUUUGCCAGCAGUGCAGCAGAUUUCACUUACUGUUGGAAUUUGAUGAGGUUAAACGAAGCUGUAGGAAACGACUAGAGGGGCAUAACAGGCGUCGAAGGAAGCCUCAGCUUUGCUCCCUAAAUCGCGAGAGCUUCUUGACAAAUCUCCAAGGGUUCACUUCAUACAAAUCCAACUGGGCUCCAAUCAUCAAAGCUGAGGAAGUUCCGCAGAAUCACCAAAACUACUCGCACUUCCCUAUCUCAUCAAAUGGCAUCUAUAAAGACCGGAAGAAAUUUCCUUUCUUGCAAGACAAUGCCCAAGAACAUCAUCAGCCUCUGCUUAAUAAGACAAUCAGAAUGUUGGAUUCUGAUGGUGCUCUCUCUCUUCUGUCAACUCCAGAAGCUCGCUCUUCGUAUAUUAAUAAUAAUCCUAGCCAUCAGCCUCUGGCUCCUGUCAAUGGCUGGGCUUUUGGUUCCAGCUCUUCUAAUAAUGUUUCUCCUACUGAGUUUUUAUACUCUGAGAUGGGAAAUGAGCAUGUUGGAGCUAUGUUUACUUCUGAGAAUUCUGAUGCAAAUUUCCAUGCUCUCUCUUGGCAGUAGUGGCUUGUGUUACAAUCUGUGAUCGUCUAAAUUAGUGGAACUCCGUGAUUUCGCUGAUUUUUUUUUGUGAUUGGAUUGUCGAAUGAUAAUUUUAAUCACUCUCUGUAGACUUCUACUAGUACAACUAUUACUGCUUGGCGGUUUAAAAUUAGUCAUUCUCCAUUCUGAAUGUGAUUUCUGGUGUAAAUGGUACUAUGACUAGCAAUUCGUAAAGGUAAUUGCAAUUUGUAUCUGUUUAUUUC